AUGUGUCUGAUUGCACCGUACUAUUCCGGAAACCGCCGAAGUAUUACAAUCUUCAUCUUUCAGACCCUUCUACGGGCCAAUCCUCCACCUCUGGCUCCGACGACCGCAACAAGGGAAGCCCCGGAAACUCCUACCGAAGUUGAGAACCCUGAAGAUUGUGGUCCCUUUCAGAUACAUGAUGCCGGAAUUGGCCAGGGAGAUCUUACCGACACCGCCGGUCGCAGGUGUGAUAAAGAUGCUGGCGCUCGUAAUGUCGUUUCUCCCCAUUGCAGGCUUGAUGAAGACUCAUCUAGGAAUCUGCCCUACUCGGAGGACACGAACCAACAACGAAGGUCGUGCGAGGUCGCAGCGCCCCCUAAUGUUCAGCCAUCUUCUUAUUGCAAUUCCCCUAACAAAGCAGCCCCUUCUGGUAUCGGUGGUCCGUUGAUGGACCACCGUCCGAAUUCAAUGUCGGGCGACAACAUAGUAAUGUCAAGUAGGUCGGUUGAGGACGCAGACACUGAUUCAGAGCAAGACUCUGGGAAUUUCGUGCCUUCUGAUGCGCAGGUCCCUGUGUACUCGCCCUUAUUGCUUUUCUCCUCGCAAUCGGCAUGUCCAUCAACAACUACAGAGGGUGAUUUAUGUAUGACUUUUAUGUAUUCUGGUGGACUUUUCAUGUUGUCUAUCUCCUUUUGGUUUACUUUUGUCAUGUUGUCUAUCUCCUUUUCAUUAGGCACCUAUAAGCACUCUCAACCUUUUGUCCACCUACCUUUUGUUGUGUCUAUUAAUCUUUUUAUGUCCACCUUCAAUGUUAUUUGUCUAUCGUUCGGUUGUUUCAAGAGAUCUUUCUUUCAAGACAAUCAUUUAUGA